AUGAGCUCUCUGGAAAAGCGCCAAGCAAACCGGCGGGGAAGCACACGUGGCCCUCGCAAGUGCUCCGAUGGUAUCAGUGACACAUCGAGUGUGGGAAGCUUCAUGGAUGAUACAGACAGGGAGGUAAGCAGCCUCACUGAUCGAGCCUUCAGGAGCUUGUGUAUUGGAGAGGAUGCCAUUUACAAUGACUUGGAGGUUUCCUCCCCUGCUGAUCAGCACAAAGCCUGUUCUAAAGAAGCCCUGCAAAAGAAAGAUUUAAGGACAACUUGCCAGAAGUCCUCCUCUCAUGGUAUUCCAUAUGAGGAGGCAGAGAGAAACUCUGAGAUGGCCUCAACAUUCCAGCAUUCCUAUGUGGACAUAGCACAAGAGCAUGUUCUCAGAGAUGAGAGUUUGUCUUAUAUAAGCAAUGGCUCUAUGGAGGCGACGUGGCAACAGAAGAGAAGCACUUCCAGAGUUUCAUCGCUCAUUAAAACCUUCAGUUCAGGGGAGAGUUACAGUGACAGUUGGGCUCCUGACACUGUAAAGGACAAAUACAGAGACUUUAAUAAUGAAUCGUGGGACAAAUCAGCUCUGCUAAGUAUUCAGAGAGAACUGUCAGAGUUCUCUUCUGGUUACCAUCCGAAUUUUAAGUCAGGACCUUUACAGUCGUAUGGAAAUAAUUUUCAUGCAGUGGCCCGGAUGAACACAACAACAUCCUCAAUAACAAAGUUCAAGACACUAAACAACACUAACUUUUUCUUCCACAGUGAAUUCAGUCCUUUCCAGUUGUGGAAGGAUUAUAACAAGUUUCCUUUUGGAAGGGGGGAAUCAUCAGGGUUUGUGUCAGCCACUGAAUUUCCUAGGUGGUAUGAUUCUCCUCUUUACAAAGAACUCACAGCCACACAUCGGACUUCAAGCUCUCCAGCAGAAGGAAGGCAGCUUACCCGCAGAAAAAUUGAGGACGUUGCUGCCUCUCAGCGCUCGAGGUCUACGGUAAUCCAAAAAGCCUCAGCCAUCGAGAAAAGAUGUGAAUCUGAAUUGGCAUCUAAUAACCCCCCAUGGAAAAAUAACAACUUUGUGAGAAACAAACUGCCAAGCAACAGGCCCAACACAGUCUCCCCAACUAAUGAGAAAGUGCACAGGCCGGAUUCUAGCUUGCUUUAUCAUAGUAGACAUGCGUAUGAAAUUCAACAUAAAGUAGGGAAAGCGGGCAGCAGUGAGAUGUCCAGUAGAACAACUCCAUUCAACAUUACUCAGCUUCUGACACCUGUAAUUCCUGGAAGACAGGAAACAGAAACAUCAGAAAUUCUCCAAUUUGCACACACUCCUUUGGUUUCUGAGUAUGACAGUGACCUGAAACCACAGUCUGAUGCCAAAAAACUGUGUGAUAGCUACAAAUCCAAAGCAUCAAGUCUAUUGUUCAAUCUUAAAGACAACAGAAAACGAGUCAAGAGCACAUACAGUCCUACAAAAUUUAAAGGUUCAGAGAUAUCAGAUAGGAAUAAGCAACCAUCAAAACUAGAAGGCCGUGAAUCCAGACUUUCAGAAACGUCAGGAUCAAAAGCGACCAAUCAGGAGCAUUCUACAGUUUCUGGCACUUGGGAACUUUGUAACCUGGUUCAACCAAAUUACGAGCUUUCCUUAUUUCAAACUACAGAGCAAAAACAGUAUGCUGAUAAAACACAUAACAAUUUGACCUCAGUGCCUCAGUAUAGUGCUACAAACUGUAAUAACCCUUAUAAGAACAACCAUCUUGAUCAGCUUACUAAGAGAGAGAGUGAGCAUUAUGAGUUAUCAACAAAUUCAGGACUUGGUAAUAGUGGUGGGAGCCCAGUGGGUCACAUUAAUGGCAGUACUAGGACAUUUGGCCCAACAAGACCAGAAACAGAAAACAUCUUUUCCAAAGCUGAACUACCAGCACAUCUGUCAGCUGAAAUGUCAGCAAAACACACUUUCUGUAGGAGAGAAGAUGGAGGUCAACAGAACUUUGUGAAAAGGCCAAGUUCUGGAUAUAUCAAUAAUCAGGUGACUGAAGAAAACCUUUCUUGGAAACGAACAGGACCUGUAAAUAUGGUGAUCAAGGAAAUGGUUAACAAUAAUGGGAUAAAAGACACAUUGCCGUAUAAGGGAGAAAUAGCUGCACUGAUAGAAAUGGACAAACAGAGAAAAGCCACUGCUAAGCAAUAUUUACCUUCAGGCAAUGAGAUCUACACUACAGGAAAGGAGACAUGGGUAAAUAAAAUGAAUGAGAAUGUCAAUGGGAAUUGGCUUCCAAAAGACAAACAGUUUGUGGACACAAAAAACUCUUUCCAGACAUAUGCAGAUAAACAUUUCUCAAACACGCAGGUAAAGGAUGAUCCUACAAAUACACCUGCAACAUCACAAAAUGUGUAUGAAGUUCAACAUAACAAUCUGCAAAAAAUGUCAUUUCUUCCUAAAGACGCAAACUUUACCAGGGGAUCAGAACUUACAAGUGCAAAACAUGAAAAAGCUGAAGUUUGUCCCCCGAGAAACAUGAGACGUGCUACAAGUGAUAUAGUGACUGAAAAAGGAUAUAGUCAGAGACCACAAUCAGUAGAGGAGAAAUAUCAAUAUAAUGAAGGAUCAGUUGCUUAUCAGCCAUACAAAUAUGAGUCAAACAAACAAUGGCAUAUUGCAACAACUGAAAACAGACACGCUAAGGAUCGAGAGUGUAUAUCAAGACAACUGCAGCAAACUGAAAUGAAAGCAGAACAACCAGGUGAAUCAAGUUAUGUACACUCACAAUCAAAGAUGUCUUGUAUUCAUCAGCAAAGCACAGCAUAUUCAGCAAGAACAAGCCAAAGAAAUUCGAUAACAGAGGACAGAGCCAAAACUGAGGAACACAAGCCAACCUAUUCGAUUGCCCCCAGUCAGCUAUAUCACAAACAGGGCAACAUGAAUACAGACCUUAACAUACCAAAUACACAAAGAACAUUGCAAAAUAAUGACAGUUCACAAACAAGAGGGGACAAAUUUAACAUUAAUGACAUUCUCUCUGUUAGAGACAACGAACAAGCAAAAAGAGUCAGAGAAAAUAAACACAGUUUUAAUGGUCGAGUUGGGAACUCAACAAAAUUCGAAAAUCUAACUUCUCCAGUUAUAUCUGACAUGGCCGAGGACAUAGCCGCUAAAACUGAACCAUCUAAAGUUCAGUCACAGGCACAGCAAGAUGGAAAUUCUCACUGCAAACAUGAAAAUACAAAUGUAUCACAUGGCUAUGUCAGAAAGGAGUCCCAUAUCCCAAAUGACAUGAGAGAGAGGUCAGGAAAAGACAUAUUUAUAAGUAACGAGAAUGAUAAGAUCGCACCCAGAGCACUUUCAUACAAAGAAAAAGGACAAACCAAACAAGAGAUACUCACCUCAAAAUUAAAAGCACAUGCUCAGAAGGAGAUCUCAGCGAUUAAAGAAAAAGGCCUUGCUAAACAUGUUAUUCCAUCAAGAAACCCAAUAAAGCAAAAUAUAGCUAUAAAGAAUGAAACAGGACAAAUAAACCAGGAAGUUCUGUCACCAAAGAAAGAAAUUACAGCAGAAAAACUGAAUCAUCUUUUUCAGGACAUUACUUAUUCAAGUGUUCCCUUAUACAAAGAACAAAGAAAUCAAGGUAAGGCUGAACCAAAAUAUCACAAAAUUACAGCAGAAAAAGUGGAAUUACUUCCAAGAGAUAUGGGCUCUGAGAAAGACAAAGCUGCUCCUGAGAAAGAAAGGGCAACGUUUCAAAUGAUAAAACUUCAAGAGGAAAAGAUUACAGUGGCAGACAAGAAAAAUUGCGAAGUCCAGAAAUUUGUUCAAAAUUAUGUUUACCAGCCAUCCAUCCAAUCUAAAGAAAAUCAACUUAGCAAACACAAUGAGAAAGAACGAUCGACAAAUGAUAGUGCUGUUGCGAAUGGAACAAUUCCAGCCAAAUGUUUCUCAAGUUCUCCAACUCUCAAGGUUCUCAGUGAUGAGGAAUCUGUUGUCAAGAAGGAAGACAAGACCUCAUCUAACCUGUCCACACCAUACACUUCAAAUAACAUGGAGUAUUCAACAUUUAAAGCAAAUGGCAAUGAUAGUCUUGACAUCUUGGUCAAAGCAGCAACUAACCAUCUUACACUGUACAACAUUUCAGGAGAUGCUAUAACCCUUGAACGGCCUGUUAAUAAAGCAAAAGAACAGCUGUCAAAAGUCAACACAGAUAAAUCUACUGUUGGUAGUAAUACAGCUUCUCUGAAAUGCUAUGAUUUGCAAGAAACAACCACAAGUAAAGACAAUACUAGAAAAGAAAACCCCGUAACGCUACCAACUGCAGGACAGCUUGAAAUUAACACUAGACAAGACAAAACUCCAUCGGAUUGGACAAAAGAUGAAGUACCUUCUGGUGAGAUGGAAUUUACAGAGACUGAAACUGCUUUCCUGAAUAAACGAAUGGCAAAUAUUGAACAAGAACGGGAACAUCUUCAAAGUGGAGUUGGUGGAAUCAGUGAAAAUCAGACAGUGCUUCCUGAAAGUACUUCAGAGUCCAGUACUCAGGUGUACUGUAUGCCAAAUACAGAACCCCUAGAAAAGGAAACAUGGCUAGAAAAACAAGACAUUCAGGCAGAUGUCAUCCAAACGUCUGUAACAAACGAAAAUUCUUUUCUUCAGCAACUUCACAACACCGACACGCUGAAUUCAUCACAAAGCAUAAGCUUAAAUAAGGCAGUAAGUGUGAAAGUUGAUUCUUCAGAGGAGAACAAAUAUUCUCUACAGCAAGAACCAAAAAUAAAGACAAUGCACUGUGAAAGCAGUGAAGUCCAAGAAACAGUGCCUCAAUUAAAGUUCAAAAUCAGACAUGAAAACCAAAAUGAGCAAAUGAUAAGGGAUAAAGAAGUAACUGAAAACACCAAUCAGCAACUACAAAGAGACAGUGAAAGAACCCCAGACACUGAACAUCACAACCAAAAGGCAAAAGAUUUCCAUGAACAUAUAGAAACUACACCUAUGGAAAAGAAACAGUCCAAUCAUGACAUAAGAACAUAUAGUAAUAAUGACUCAAAGUCCCCGGGCACUGCACAUGAGAAGUCAGAAGAGAAGGAUUUCAUGCCAAUCAUUACAAUAAACAGUAAAGAUCCACAGCUCAGUACCCGCCCUCCUCAAGACAAAAGUGCUGACAGUACAAAUCCAGUGUCUGAAAGCCACGUCAUUCACAUUGCUAGCAAGGAAGACAAAUCACCAGCAGAUGAGCCUAUAAUAUACAGUAUAUGCAUUUCAAGCACAUCAGAAGCUGUUUCGGAGGAUGAACCUAUAAUCUAUAGCAUUUCUGUGUCAAGCUCGUCUGAUGCUUCCAUGACAACCGGUCCAGAAAACCAAGAAAAAUUUCAAAAACAGCAUUCAAUAGAGCAAGUAGAGAAAGAUGACAAAGAAACAUUUGGCAAUAAAAAUAAAGAAAGUGUCUUGCUUGAAAGUAAAGAGGAUAGUAAAGAGGGAAAAUUGCUUUUAUACAAUAAUAUGGCAGAACAAGAAACUGUGGUAAGAAAAUAUGAUACUCCUGCAAGCAAAGAUAAAUCUGAUUAUUAUAGAUCAACAGAGCUGGACAAUAUUAGUUCGUCUUAUGAAAGUCUCUUGGCCAAAUAUGGGCUUCCUAAUGGAGAUACAAUUCAUCUGGAGUCAGACCAAAAAGAGCAGGAUAAAAAGCAAGCAGAAGAAAAGGAAGAAUCUACCCAUAAGUCUUUAGAAAAAAUACAGAACAAUACAACGUAUAAUGACCAGGCGCCCGUUGAGGAAAGAUUGACAUUGGCCGAUUUCACUAAAAAGCAUUCUCAGGAAUCCAGCAAACUAAAGUCUCCAAAAGCAUCCCCUGAACUUUUGAGGAAUACUGAGGAAAACCAUGGACAGUGUGUUACUCAGUCAGAACAAGAGCAUCAGACGGCUAAUGGAGGUGGCACACAAAGAGCUGAUGGAGUUGUGCACGUUGAUAGAAACACUAAACAGGAUGUUUCAGCAAAACAAGAAAUCAUGAUGUCAAUGGAUGUACCAGUUUGUGAAGACAUUGUGGAUAUGCAGUCGGCAAAGCAAAUCAUGGCAAAUGGAAAUGUUCAACAGAAUGAAAACAAGCAAGUCGGACAGAAAGUACAAACAGUGGAGAGAGGACUGAAAGAAAAUGAUGAUGAUGAUGAUGAUGAUGUAGUUAACAAAAACACUGAGAUGGUACAAGUGAAGUGUGAGAAUGAUGUGAAACUUACAGCUGGAUUUAGUUCUGAUAACAUCAGCAAUAAGUCAAUCAAUAAUUCAUGUGAUGAUUCACCACAACCUAGUUCUAAAAUCUCUACAAAUGACUGUCAGCUCAGGAUUAAAACUCAAGAAGCAGAAGUAGCUUUGGGUCAGUACAGUCAGAAUGCAGAUAAUCAAUCAGGUAAUACAAAAAGCCCUGUGUUGCAAUACAGGACACAAAAAGAAUGUGACAGCGAUGCCCCCAAACACGAGCAAGUAAGCAAAGAGUGUUUUCAAACUGGAGAUAACAAGGCUGUACAAAACAACGGAAAAGAGUUGGUCUGCAAAAGUGAAUUUCCAGAACUUGAGCAAGUCAAAUUCAUGAUAAGCAAUAACACAAAGGUCAGUAGGGUGAUUGUUUCACAGAAAGAAAUUUCAGCCUUUACUAAUGAACAGACCAAAGAGAAUAGCUGUAUUAAUCAGAGUCAACUCAAAUAUGCUUUUCCUGCUGGAAAGACAGAUCAGAGUGUAUGUACAUUGCCAGAUAUUCCACUGGAACAUAAAGAAGUGCAUAAACAUGACAUAGAAAACAAAACAGAGACAGAUACUGUAAGUACCAGAGCUGCUGUGCCACUUAAUGAUGUAAGUGAAAAUGCUCAAAACACAACACCUGCAAAAGUCACAGGAACAAAAGCAUCAUCUGCUCCAAGCAUGACAGAGGAUAACUUAGAAAGAUUUGAAAAUGAGAAAUGGAAAAGGGAACCAGCACAAAAAGAGAGACAAAUCAUAAAAGAUGAAAUCACACUAUUUAAUAAAGAUCCCAGGACGGCAUCAUCUGUAAUUAAAGGUGACAAAGAUACAGAAUGUGAAUCCAGUAAGAGUGAUAAACUAAAAGAGGCAAAAUCUCAGCCACAAGACAAAAAAGAUGAUGACAUUGAGAAACUCAUAAUUGACAAUUCUAGAAAAAACACUGGACGAAAAGAAAUCAAGACUGGCAUCGGGACAUUUAAAGAAAGUAGCGAUAUCAUUAGAUGGGACACAGAAACCAGCGGAAAGGUUUUAGGAGACAAACAUGAUCAACUUAGUAAUGUGUACCAUCCACAAACAGAUGCUCUUCCAGAAGAAAUGGGAAAUACAUAUGAUGGAAGAAACAUGUUUGAGUCUAAACAAAACAGUCAAUAUCAUGAUAAAGUCCUUACGAAAAAAGAGGGAACUGUCACUAAGACUGAGGUUACACAGAGGGAGAAGAAAAUGACUAGGCCAGAAAUAUCAGCUUUAGCUGAUUAUGCUCGGUUGAGGGUUAUCUCUGCUGAAGACGACACCAUUACUGAAAAGGAUUUACUUCAAAAAAUGAACACGAAUCAGAAAUAUAACUUAUCAGCUGUGGAGCCACAGAAAGUAAAUUUCUCCAUGUUGGUGGAUGGUAGAGAGCAAAGCAAACAGCUGUCUGUAAAUAAGAAGUCUGAGAAUUUGAGUGCAACAACAACAACAACACCUUUACAAGUCCAGGAACAAAGAACAUACAAAAUAACAGAAGAAAUAUUUGCAGGACAUAAUCAGUGCUCACCCAGGCAUGAGAUCAUUGCUUCUCCAAAACUUGGAUCACUGGCUAAAAGCUCAGAUGAUAGAGUAUUUGCUGUAAACGAUACAGAAAGCACUAAAGAAAAGACAUUAACCAAUCACAUGCAAUCAAACAUGAAAAAAUAUUUGCCCGGACAAGACUAUGAUUAUUCAAGAAGCCAUGAAGUGUAUAAACCCCGAAAUUCACAAGCUACUCAUCCUUCACAGUCACAAAUUGAGAGUCAAAAUGACCCCAAGCUAAAACAGCCAGUUAAUGCAAACAUAGUGGAAAGGAAGGUUUAUCCUCAAGUAAAAAAUGCACAAUCUGCACCACAAGUGUCAAUCGAAACCGAGCUUAAUAAUGCAAAUAUACAUGCAGAUAAUCAAAUACAGGAGGAAGCCAAAGAUGAAGAAACAACAGAGGAGCUCCAAUACUACAUUGUCAAUGCUAUGGAAGAUGAGACAAAGCCUAAAAACAACCAGGAACCACCUUCAUUAAGCCAUAAAAUUACUUCAAAGAAAGACUUAACAGAAAUUCAUGCAACAGCGCCACAGUCCAACACUUCUUCUCCAGCCAUGGGGAAGGCCAUCAUGUUCAAAGUGAAAGAUAACACAGGCAAAACUUCCUCAGUGACUAAAACUGUUAGACCGUGCUUUCAUAGAUCAUUCUCUGAGGAAUUCAGAAUUGGCUCCCCAGUUGACAGCUGUUGUGGUUCAGAAAAAGAUAAAGUUGAUUUUGAUCAUGAGAAUCAUCCAAAAGAGUCUGCUAACUCUCCAGUUUUGCAUGAGCAAUCAGUAACUUCACAUCGACUCUCUCGAGCAAAAGAAAUCCAGGCUCGAAACAAAAUGUUGUCCCCAGGGUUCAUGGCACCAAAAGAACCGAGGAACUACAACAGAAGAAGCCAUAUAAGUGAAGAGCAUGAAUCCCGAUCACUCAUCAGCACAGUGCCUGAGGGUGUGGAGAGUCGAGCUGUAAGCUCAGUAGUAGUGACAGACAGUAGAGGUUUUGACAAUGAACAUAUUAGACAUACCUACGCAAGGCCAGAGUCUUCCUGUUAUGAAAGACCAGAAUCAGUCUGCUAUGAAAGACCUGAAUCUGCCUGUAGUGACAUGAGAGCAACAGGCAAGCCGCCUGCUGUUCUUCCGAAAACAGAGAAAGCCCUUCGUCGUGCUAAAAGGCUCACUAGCAGGAGAAUCAGAAAGGUAGAGGAAAAGAUGACAUCUGAUACUCCAGUACAACCUGAGAACAAGUCCAUCCGAACUGUCUCCAGUUUGCCUGCUUCACCUAUUGUGAAAACAUCAGCACCUCAAUCAGUACAGGCCUCACCUCCUCCGAUAUCACACUAUCAGGUUGAACCAAAUUAUGCACCUCCUGCACCUAGCAUUGUGGCUCAUUCUUUCCCAAUGACCCAAAGAAAGCUUUUGCAAGAUCCAAACUCAGGGCAAAUCUUCAUGGUAGACAUGCCAGUACAGGUCAAGACGAAGACAUUUUUUGACCCUGAGACAGGAAAAUAUCUCCAGCUCAACGUGCGUCAGAGGACCCAGAGCACCCUGUCACAGCCAGCAUCUGUGGAGGUGUUAGGUCACCCGUAUGUGGUGUACCCUGGUUUUCUGCCCAUGUCCGUUUCGGUCUCAUCCUUACCGUCUGUAAGGUCAUCAUCUCAGAUGUCAGCACCAGCCACUAUCCCAGACGAACGAAACCAGCUAAAAGCAAGUCAUGAACCAAGUGAACAGGAGAUUUUUGGACCAGAACGUCCAAGAAAUGUCCAACAGCACAACAGACCUCUGUAUAGGACACGUGAACAAACUGGCAGGGAAAUUUUGCAGAGUGGAAAUGUCCGAAUGACUCCAAGACAAACGCAUAUCAUAACAAUGACUGAAUUAGAAGACUUUGCAAUGGAUAACAGAUAACUGAUGUACACAUGAAUAAAUGUAUAUCCUACUUUGUGAAU